GCAAACAAAACAGCAAUGUAUAGAUUCGAGUAGUAUGGACCUGCCAUAUAUUAAAUAAGCUUAUGCGUUGGGACACUGGGGAGAAGAUAGGCGCCAGAUUUCCUGAGUAGGGGGAGGAAGGCAUCCUGGCACUGGGCCGUAAAGGCUAACCACGCGGAAGGAGGUUCCCACAGCAGCUCCCUCUAGACUGGCCACGCCCCCGUGUUGCAGCCGCCGUAAAGUGCGGCGUCCUGGCCACGCCCCUCCGGCGCUUCUUGUGACGCAGUCGCCCUGGGUAUUUUUGCGCGGGAAAAGGAGGCAGUUCGGAGCGCUAGGUAGUGUGGCCGGAACCGGCAGUUUUUGCGGAGUUUGCAGCUCGCUCCCUGCCCUUACUGGCCAUGGGGCUGCUGGAGCUGUGCGAGGAAGUGUUCGGUACUGCCGACCUUUAUCGAGUGCUGGGCGUGCGGCGCGAGGCCUCGGACAGCGAGGUCCGGCGCGGCUACCACAAGGUGUCUCUGCAGGUGCACCCGGACCGGGUCGGCGAGGACGACAAAGAAGACGCCACCCGCCGUUUCCAGAUCCUCGGGAAAGUCUAUUCUGUUCUGAGCGACAAAGAGCAGAGAGCAUUGUACAAUGAGCAGGGAACAGUGGACGAAGAUUCUGAUGCGCUCAACCAAGAUCGGGACUGGGAGACGUAUUGGAGAUUACUUUUUAAAAAGGGUGACAUGGAUCAGAUCAUGGAGUCUGUGCUGUGUGUGCAGUACACAGAGGAACCCAGGAUAAGGAACAUUAUUCAGCAAGCCAUUGAUGCUGGAGAGAUCCCAUCCUAUAAUGCCUUUGUCAAAGAAUCGAAGCAAAAGAUGAAUGCAAGAAAAAGGAGGGCUCAGGAAGAGGCUAAAGAAGCAGAAAUGAGCAGGAAGGAGUUGGGCCUUGAUGAAGGAGUAGAUAAUUUGAAAGCAGUCAUUCAGAGCAGACAAAAGGAUCGGCAAAAGGAAAUGGACAAUUUUCUGGCUCAGAUGGAAGCAAAGUACUGCAAACCUUCUAAACGAGGAGGGAAAAAAACGCCUCUCAAGAAAGAAAAGAAAUAAUGGAAUUUUCUCUUCAAAAGUCUUUAAGUGUUAAUUGGUGCCCUUACAGGCAAGGUACAGUCAAGAUUUGAAGACAAAAGUCAACCCCGCCCUUGAGAAAAAUUGUCCUUCCAGCCUAGAUUAUUCAGAUCAAUUCUGUAAACCACACAGAAUCUCUCAACCUGAUUUUAGGAAACCUAGAAAUCCCCUGACAUUCUUUGAGGUCCUGUAUGAAGGAGUUUAGUGGUGAUUUUUGAGGGAAUGGGGGUGAGUGGUGUAUCCCUGGCAGUACUUGCUUCUAUGGGUCUUCUGUACAAGAAACUCUUAUCUGGAAUGUGGGUCUGUCCCAUACAGCCUUUAGCAGUUGUCAUUUUGGCACACAAGAGUGUGCACACAGCUGCAGAGUAUUCGAAGCGAUGUGUGUGUUUAUUAGAACAGUAACUCUACCUGGCUAGAAAGCCUUCAAAACACUUGCUGGACAUCUGUCUUUCACAUAUUUGCGAGUUUACUUUCGGGCUUAAUAUUCUUAAAUAGAUCCCCUUUCCUUUUUGUUUUACUCAGCCAGCUUUUGUACUCUGCUUGAAGUGUAGGAGAAACAUGUUCAGAUUACCUCAGGCAUCUUUGUAAGACUUAAUACCUGAUGAAAUAAACAGGUUAAAAAGGACUAUUAAGUUGUGGGGCCUUUUAAAUGAUCUAUGUGAUCAUUUAAAAAUCUGUGAUCUAGAGAAACUAUGGAAGGUGCUUAGAGAAGAGAGAAGAAAAAUAAUCCUAGUCAGCUUAUUUAUAGUAGGUAGUCUGGUUUAAGUAUCAUAAACAGAAGUUGUCCUACCUAUAACUGUUAGAGUGUUCUUAGGUCGUUUGUUUCCUCAUCUAUAAAAGGGUGAGGGAAUUGGGCUAAGAAUUUAAAUAAAAUAAAUUUAAGCCAUAGUUAAAACCUGCAUUAUGCUGCAUUUAUGAAUGUCCUCCAAAAAAAAGUCCAUGGUGAAAUCAGAAGAAUGUUGAAGUUCUCUACUUCUGCUCUUAGGAUAUGUUUAUACUAGACCAAUUACCAGAGUUUCUGAAAUUUUAAGGCAUUGCUGGCUUACCAGCAGAUUCUAUAAAUUUUCAAGUUGACUUAGAACUUAAGAAAAUCUGAUAAGGUGAAUUUAAUAGUUAAAAAAAUAUAUAUAUAACCACUAAAGUCCUUUAAGAAAAGCAUAAUCUGAUAUCAAGCAGGCAUUGUGAGGUUGAGCUGUCCUGUCUGAAAAUAUAUAUACAUUAUGACUUAUUACAUAAGUUACUUUAAACCAGUGUUCAACAUUUAUGUCUUUAUUACUCACCCCUUCCAUACCUCUUUGCCUAGAAGAUUGGACAUCUAAAGAGAAAGCUUUAGGAAUGACAUCUGUUUGAUGAGUAGCUCAGAGUUUUGACAGAACUGUCUCCUAAAAAUGCCUUAAAAAUGAGUACAACUCUCCAGAAAUUCAUACAAGUGGAAGUGUUCUGAAGCCAGUGAUAUAGCUUCAUGUUAUCAAACAAUCAUUUGCUGCUUUUUAUGUAUGUAUAGUCUUCAUAGACUCUUAUAGAAUCCUAUAAUUGAACUGAUCAUCAUUAACAGACAACAUGAGCAGUGAUUUGGGGAUAAUUAUUCAUUUGUUACAUUUUUGGAUACAAAUUCUGUCCAGUGGAGUAGGUUAACUUAAUGCUGAAAGAAGAUGGUAACUGGAAAAACAGUACCCAUGUAAUCUUUGGCGGAUAUUCUUUUUUUUUUCCUCAGUCAGUUACACCAGAUUAACACUUCAUGAAGAUGGUUUUAAGUUCUUUUGUAUACAAGCUUCGCAUCACAAGAUGACUGGACACUGAUUCAUGAAAUUCUCUCACGUGUUCCCUGCAGCCUGAAGCAGGUUCUUCUAUUUGCCCUAUGGUCCCUGCUUGGUUCUAGAGACUGGUCCACCUCUGUUUUGAGAUUUUGUAGACCCAUGUAACUGAGGACCUGUCAGACAAAGAUGACAUCAUAAAGUAACAUUAGUAGACAUUUUAGAUUUGGUAAUCUCAAAUUUAUAUCUAAGGGCUUUUUUGCUCCAAUUAUCAGUUGGACUGAAAUUUGGAGACUGGUACUAAGUAAUAAAGUAUAUAUUUACCAAGGCAGUAAGAACCACAUUUGCAUUAUUUUAUCAUGUAAAACCUACAAGUCUGUAUUAAGAUAUGAAACCUAGUUCUAGAGAAGAACCCACCAAGUAAAACAGACUAAUAUGUCUGUUUCACUUAUCUAAAUGUUAUAACUGGCCAUCAACAUGGCUAAAUGAGUAUAGCUCAGAGGCAGCACUGUGUCUCUUUGAGGACUACUAAUCCAAGAAAAGAAUCCACUGAAAGCAUUCAGAGACUGCCAAAAAAUGCAAAUAGGAACUGAACAAGAGAAUUUACUUGGAUGACAGAUAAUUUGAGGCAGAUUAUUUUUUAAUCUUAUUAACAGGAAACAUUUCAACUGCUUAAUACUUCCAUAUUUCACCUACAACAUAAUGAGAAUGACCCUGAUGGUGGUGAGAAGACCAUUAUAGGAAGAUAACUUUUAAGUUAAGAUAUCCUUAAAAUUUCUUCUUUGCUAUGAAAAUACAGUCUAUAGAAUAUGACUUAGAAAUAAAAGUUAAUGGGAUAGGCUAAGACUCUGCAUUUCUUGUCAUUUUUAAAUUUCUUUUCUUACCUUGGCCUAGCAGGUUAACUGACCAUAGCAAGUUUAUUCUACAGAAAUAUGGAUCUACAUAAUAAAACCCAUGCAGUGUUUGAAUGUUAUAAAAAUGACUUAUUUCACUUAAGUUUUUUAGAUUGAAGAAAAGAAAGUACUGUCUAUUUUGCCAGAGUGGUGAGAAGUUAAUUUACAUAUGAGAAAACGAAUCUGGAACUUGGCUCUGGGCAACAGAGGUCUCCUCGAUCUUUAUUAUAUGCCAUUUCCAAAGGAAUUUGAGAUGAUAUACAAAUGUAGGAAAACAAAAUAUAAUAAAAUCUGGAGGAAGGGAAAAUAAACAUAGAAAACAGACAAAGGCAGGGUCUUAACAUAGCCACAUAGUAAAAUAAGAGCAAUGGUCCCACCUGUCACUGCAGAUCCCCUACCAGGUCGGGCCUGAUGAGGAUACUCAGCAACACACGAAUGAUAUUGUGUAUCUGGCUGCAAAACAGAAAAGAUGAGACACUUCCCCCGAAGGAUGUAUGUUAGUAGGUUUACAAAGGAAUACCUUGAAAUCAGACAGCAAUGUAAAUGGCAUUGUCUGCCAGCUGAGGGACAAGUUGGUUAAAUGCACUCUUGUAUUUCAAGUAAAGAAUCCCAAGCCGGGGACCUACAAAGCCGUUUGUUAACUUGUAAGAAUUUUUAAGUUGUUCUUUUAAAAAUUUCUUAAGUUCUAAAAUUUUAUUAAUAUGCCUUUAAGAUAAUUUUAGCACUUAUAAGUAAUCCAUAUGGUUUAAUAUUUCUCAGUAUUUAUAAUGGCUGUUAAGGGAAUUUUAUCUAAUUUAGACUGCCUGCUGACUAAAGUUUAAAACAACAGAGCCUUUUCAGCAACAUUAAAACACCCAUGACUUUACCUCCAUACUUGAAAUGUGACUCUCAGUAUGAAGUUCAAACAUUUCAAAAUCACCUCUGAUAAUUUAAAAAUUUUAAGAUAUGAUUAAAACACUGAAUGUAAAUAUCAAAAAAAAAAAAAAAAAACCACACCUAUCAAUGCCAUCCUGCUGGUGCUUCUGGAAUAAAAAACAUCCCUCUCAGUUCCCUGUCAGAGCACUGGAAUUAAGACAUUUCAGGAACCUUUUUUUGGUGAAGCCCCAUUUUUUUUUUUUUUACUGGGGUCACCAAACUUCCUUUCUGGCGGGCCAGAAAGUAGAUAUUUUAUGCUUUGUGGUAUGUACUGCUAGAAACUGCUCAACUCUGCUGUUAGAGUGGGAAAGCAGUCAUAGACAGUACAUAAGUGAAUGAGUAUGGUAGCUCUCCUGUAAUAACUUUAUUUACAAAAGCAGACUAACUUUUGUGGUGAGCUAAAUGGUCCAUAAAAAUAGUUUGUUCACCUGUAGGAGCAGAGUGCUAGUCUGGAAGUGCCAAGCCAGGGACUCAGUUAUAAUGCUCUCAGUUACAUCGAGCAACUAGCUGAUCUCCCUUUGCAUGACAGCAAACUGGGAAAGACACAGCUAAGGUAAGAAAUUCUUACUUUUAUUGUUAUAAACAUCAGAAAAAGAAGAAACUGAAAAUUAUAUAUAAAUGUUUUAUAGAGAAUCUAGCUGUAGAAUAUAAUCAUGGAACACUGCUUUAACAAGUGCCCUGAAUCAAAUUAUGAGAGGACAGAUUUAAUAGAGGUUCUCAAACUUUUCUAGAGUUCACAUUGAGUAAGAAUCAGAAAUGCUCACAUUUCCCUUUAGGUCAUGUUUUGGUGAAUCUCCCCCUCAAUAAAGUCUCCUAAGGUCUGUUGAGUUGAAGUGUCCCCUCCUGCAGCUGCUGCCAAAAUUUAUGUCCACCUGGAACCUGUGGAUAUGACUAUUUGGAGAUAGAAUUUCUGCAGAUGUCACCAAGAUAAGGUGAGGUCAUAUUGGACUAGGGUCAGCCAUAAAUUCAAUGAUUGGUAUCUUCAUAAGAUGGAAAUCUGGACACAGACACAGGGAGGAAGGCUGUGUGAAGGCAUAGGCAGAAACUGGAGUGAUGCAGCUGCAAGGCAAGGACGGCCAGGGACUGCUGCAGUCCACCAGAAGCCAAGAAGAGGUGAGAAGAUCCUCAUCCAUAGAUCCUGUAGUGGGAGCAUUGUUCUGCUGACACCUUGAUUUUGGACUUCUAGGCUCUGGAACUGAUAGAAUAAAUUUCUGUUGUUUUAAGCCA